AUGGCCGUCGACACAUUGGUGGAAUCGGUCACCACCUACUGCAAUCGGCCGCUUUGGCUCCAUCUGUACGCGUCCCCUUUCGUCGGUGAGGAUUUUCCAUAUUUUUAUACCCUCUAUUUGCUUGUAGCUUUAGCUUCUCUCGUUCAUUUACUAAGAACUGCACUGAACACUGUUUUAGUGUUGUAUGCUACAUGGUUCUAUCUAUGGUCAUCGUUUUAUGGCUAUGAAGAGUAUUAUGAGCUCGGAUUUAUCGGUGCUGCUAUCAUAGGCCUAGUUCAAGCGCUUGUAAUUUUGUUCUGUCACUGGUUUGUUGGCGUAAAAUGCGCCCUGUCUUGUGUACAUGAAAAUGAUCCUCAUAAAGCCACGUUGGCCAAGGUAGUGCCUACUCCCAAUAACGGAUGGGCAGAGCUUGUACCUUUGCGAAGAACACGAAGAGCCGGAUGUACCAAAGUUUGGUUCGAAUUUCAAAAAAUCCAUUACACUUUGGACGAGACGACCAACACGUUCAGCACUGUUGUUUUCGAUUCUCAUAAGCCAAUGAGAUACUACCAGCAGUCUCGCGGUGUAGAGAGUGAUGAACAGUUGGAAGAGAUCAAAUAUCUUUUUGGAGAUAACAAAACGGAGAUGGUUAUACCGCAAUUUUGGGACUUGUUCAAGGAAAGGGCGACUGCGCCAUUCUUCGUAUUCCAGGUCUUCUGUGUGGGACUAUGGUGUUUAGAAGAUAUGUGGUACUACUCAUUGUUCACUUUAUUCAUGCUGAUGACCUUUGAAGCAACAUUGGUGAAGGCACAGUUAAAGAACAUGCAAGAGAUUCGCAAUAUGGGAAACAAAUCUUUUAUGAUACAGGUUUAUAGAAAUCAUAAAUGGGUAAAAAUCAAGACCGAUGAGUUGGUUUCUGGAGAUAUUGUAUCUAUAGGACGUUCGUCGGAUGAGCAAGCUGUACCUUGUGACAUGAUCUUGUUGCGCGGACCAUGUAUAGUUGACGAAUCAAUGCUUACUGGAGAAUCAGUACCUCAGAUGAAA